AAAAGAGACUCCAGGAACACACACAUGAGCACACACACACACACACUGGCUGGAGAAAACUGGAGUAGUGGCAAAAAGAAGGAAAAAGAGAAAAGGAGAGGCUCAGGAUUUCUUUAAGACACAGACAUGCAUACACUCAUGAAAUGCUUUGUGGCUGUUUGUGGCAGUCUGUUAAGCCUCCUCCCACCCUGCUACAGUGUUUACAGCAGUGGAGAAUGCUACUUUAAUGCCAAAGCUACCUGUGAACACAAGGGGAAGCUGUUUGAUAUAGGAGAAAGUUGGCUGAAUGAUGAGUGUUUCCAGUGUGUGUGUUUCGAGCCAAUUGGAGUGGGCUGCUGUGAACAUGGAAAACAACCAGUGGAUUUUCCAGACUGGUGUGAAGCCAUCCGGAAACCAGGCUCCUGCACAGUGGCUGUGGUGAUGAAGGCCAAUCGGAAACUACCCUGCCUGUUUGGGAGGAAGAACGAGCUGCUGCUGAGAGAAGGACCUGCAUGGAAAUCAGAAAAUGAUCCACUCUUCUAAACACAAAGAGAAAGAGAGAGAUUUCCUGUCACCCAAGACUUUAAUUAAUCAUGUUUAACACUGAAGAGGCUGGCUCUGUGAUCCACUACCCAUGUUCCAACUAUAAGAGAUUCACCAGUAAUAUAUUGCUGUCUACUGUAUUUGGUGCCACUUCAUAAAAAAUAACUACCUUUAUAAAGGGCUCUUGACUAGCUAAAUUUGUUAAUUCAAUAAUGGUAAUUAAUUAGGCCAUACAAAAAACAGUCUCCUGUGGCUGCACCAUUAAUUGUCCUACAACUAUCCAUACUGUUAUAACUCAGAUGUUGCUGGUUUCUGAUUAUAACAUGCAUGCUCCAUCAGUCAGAAUUCUACCUGCCAGCUUUAGCAGAGCUCUCUUCAUACGUUACUAUACAGUAUAACACUAACAGAAGCUUUGUUUGUCGUAAAAGACCAUAACAUACACCAGCAUAUGAUGGUGUUACAAAUGGGUCCUUUAAAAUGCCAUAUAAACAUAUACAUUGUAGCCACUUAUUAGUACCUUUGCAUACUAAAUUCUAGGCAAUGUUGUAUCAUCAUAUUCUCAGCACUGUUGGUGUUGAGGUCUAUAGCUCAUUAACUAAUAGUGACAGCCCCCUUUUGGUGUAUAAACUCUUUACAAAAUGGGCAUUUGUAAAGUUUGGCCUAGCUAAAACAAAAAAAAAAUCCAAAGUAAGAAAAGGAGCCAGCAAGAUCCGAACUUUCACAGUAAAGAUGAAAAAGAACUCACUAUUUGGUAGAAGGUGUCUAUGAUGUUUAUGACUUAAUUUAUAUCUACAAAUAAACUAUUAUUUAAGCAUUUAUAAACCUGUAAACAGAUAGUCAUAGUCCGAAGUUAUAUCAAUAUUUAUAAAUGAAUAUGUUAAGCUGUAUAGGGUCUAAUAUUUGAAACAAGCAGGUUUUCUCCAGAAUCAGUUGAUACACAUCUGGAACUGUGAAGAAUUUUUCUCUGCAUAAAUACCUGUAACAUACAAUUACUGUCCCUUGUUUAUUUUCUGAUAUAUAGCUCUCUACAGACCAGUCUUCAAAAGCAUGGAUGCUAUUUUCACUCUGCUAAAAUCUUUUGGUGAAAGUCAAAAACAAUAGUCAGCUUACAUUUUAAUGUUGAGUAUUAGAGCAUUCACAGACUUUU